AUGUCGGACUGGCAGCCGGGCUCCGUCUCCCUCUUCAGGCCCCCCGCUGAGCCACCCAGAGCCACGCUGCCGCAGCAAGGGGUGGGGGGCGCGCCCCCUCCCCAGCCCCCGAGCAGAGAGGGCCCGGGGGGCGCGCAGCCCUCGCAGGGGCUCCCCGAAGCCCCGCCGCCGCCCGCCUGGAGACCACGGCAAGGAGGGGGCGCCCCCGGGGGGCGGGGCCCCUCGCAAGACGCGCGUCUCCCCCGCCCCGAGCCCUCCGCACGCUGCACGGGCGCCGAGUCGGGCGGGGGAGACGCGCAUCGCACGCGUGGCCAAGCCCAGGCGACCCCGCGAGGCAAGGCGCGCACCACUGGCCUCCUGGGCGGGGAGGAGGGCGCGCCCCCCACCGCCACCCCCACCCCCACCGCAGCCCGGCCCGCAUGGGCCACGAGAGGCCGCCGGAAGACCCCCGCCCGCUCGCCCGCCCGCCCCUGCCCCCAAUCGUCCCUCGGGGCCAAUCGUCCCUCCCGCGCCUGGCUUCUGGCCGCCCCUCCUCGCGGGCCAGGCGCGCCGGCCUGCGGGCCCGCACCGGGCUCCUCGGCGGCGGCGGCGGCCGGGCGCGCAGGGCGAGGCGCGGCGAGGCGGGCGUCCAGGCGCCAGAGGAGGCGGAGCGGCGCAGCGGCGGCAGGAAGUGUGGCGUCCCGGCCGCCCAGGAGCCGCGCAGCGAUGCAGCGCAGCAAGCCCCGCGCGGGGACGGCGCCCGCCUCGACGGCGGCGGCCGCGGCCCGGGAGGAGCAGCCGGCGGCGGCGGCGGCGGGGCUGAAGGGGCCGCCGCCACCCCCACCCCCCCGCGGCGGGGCUGCGCUCCGGGCCCGGGCGGCGCACGUGGCCGGGGGGGGGGCGUUGGGAGCCUGGCUGCGGCAGACCCCGCCGGGCGGGCCCCACGCCGCCGCCGCUCCGGCCACCGCCUGGCCGCCUGACCUUGGGCGGCUCGCUUCGCCCUUCGGGGGCGCGCGGGGCCCCUUCCCGGGGCCGGUCCGUGCGGGGAAGGGGCGGGCAGCAGGGUCGGGGCGCCGGCCUGGGAAGCGUGAGGUGGCGUCGCGGGAGAGGCUGCCGCGGCGCCCCCCCCCCGCGGCGACGAAAGACUACGGGCCCCGCCAUGCCCCGCGUCCCCGGGCCCUGCAGCCGGCCGGGCUUCUGCCGCGCGGCAUUGUGGGGCGCGUAGUCCCCGCCUCCCCGGCCCGAGGAGGCCGCGAUGCCGCUGAUGUCAUCGCCCUCCGCGGGGCUGCGGCGAAACCGGCUCCGGGAUCUGGGGCGGGCAGCCAAGCGGCGGCGUGUCUCGGCCGGCCCCGCGCCGCCUUGGGCGCCUGUGCGGGAAUGCCUGCUGGGGGAGGUGGCAGCCCCAUGGAGGGGGACCAGGAUCCAGGGGGCCUGGCCCAGCAGGGCUCCCCGCCGGCAGAAAGGCCCUUCCCCUUCCCUGCCUGGGAGGAGAGCUCAGGGGACGAGAACGCCUUGGUCAUCCACAGCCAGGUGGAGGAGGAGGAGCACAAGUGCCUGGUGUGCGGGGAGAGCUUCCGCCAGCCGCUGAGCCUCCUGCGGCACCAGAAGCAGCAGCACGCUGGCGAGCGGGCCUUCCUCUGCCCCGAGUGCGGCCGGGGCUUCAGCCUCAAGCACAACCUGAUCAUCCACCAGCGGAUCCACACCGGCGAGAAGCCCUUCAGCUGCGGUGUCUGCGGGAAGCGCUUCAGCCUCAAGCAGAACCUGCUCACGCACCAGCGGGUGCACGCCGCAGAGAAGCCCUUUCCCUGCGUGGCCUGCGGGAAGAGCUUCCGGGAGCAGCAGCUUCUCCUGGCCCACCAGAAAGGGGACUGCGGCGGGGCUGCCGAGGAGAAGCAGGAGACCCCCGCCCACCCGCGGACCCACGGCAGGGAGAGGCCCCGCUCGGAAAGCGGCUGCGCGGAGGGCUUCGCGCAGAGGACCCUCCGGGUCAAGCACCAAGAAAAGCCCCACCGGAACGGAGCGGCUUUUGCCUGCCAGGAGUGCGGGGAAGGGUUCAGCUGCCGGAGUGGCCUGGUCAGCCACCAGAGGAUCCACCAGAGCGGGCGGCCGCUGCAGCGCGAGGAGGGCAGGAGGCAUUUCGGCCAGAAGGAGGCGGCUGAGGCCCCUUUCCAGUGCCUGACCUGUGGGAAAACUUUUGCCCAGAAAGGCAAUCUUGCCGCGCACCGGAGGAGCCACCUGGGCGAGGAGAUGCUCAGCUGA